AUUUUUGUCCAUACCUCCCAUUUUCCCACGCGAUCUUCCCGCGCGUGCAUCUUAAACCCUCCUCCUUCUUCCCAGGCCUCUGCCAUUCAUUUUCUCCGGUAAAUUCCUCCAAAACCCAUUUAUUUGGCCACUGCUAUGAGAUGACGUCAGCAGAGUGCGCAGGUUAAGGGGUGCAUAGCGAACGAGGAUCCAGUGUCCAUCUGGUGCGCACGUUAGAAUAAAGGGUAGUAGUGGAAAGAUGACAAACACGAAGCUGAGAGAGGGCUUAUUUAUAGUAUUAUUUCUUGUACUGGUUUGGAUUCGGACUCCGUAGUUGCAGACUGAGAAUUUGAGCUGGAAGAAUAGAUAACGAAGAAGAAGAAGCAGAACUGAAUAAGCAUGAACUCUACUUCCCAAUUUGUCUCCUCAAGAAGGAUGGGAGCAUAUGAGCCUAUCCACCAGAUGGGCAUGUGGGGAGAAAACUUCAAAAGUAAUGGUAGUCUAAAUAAAUCACCAUCUAUUCUUGUGGAGGGAGAUACAGAACUAAACAAUCAGUCAGAAGAUACUUCAAAUGGAAUCCUGGGACAUUCUGACAAAUUUUACUUAGAAGGAACCAAACCUGCUGAUAAGGUACAAAGAAGACUUGCACAGAAUAGGGAAGCUGCUCGUAAAAGUCGUUUACGUAAGAAGGCCUAUGUUCAGCAGUUAGAGACAAGUCGUUUGAAGCUGGUCCAAUUGGAGCAAGAGCUUGAGCGAGCCAGGAAACAAGGCCUUUAUGUUGGUAGUGGUGGUGGAUUAGAUGCUAAUCGUUUGGGCAACUCUGGAGCUACAGAUGCAGGCAUAACAGCAUUUGAGAUGGAGUAUGCACAUUGGGUGGAAGAACAAAAUCGAUUAAUUUGUGAGUUGAGGACAGCUUUGCAUGCACACAUAGGAGAUGGAGAGCUUCGCAUGCUAGUAGAAAGUAGCAUGAACCACUAUUUCAAACUUUUUAGCAUGAAAUCAAUGGCUGCAAAAGCUGACGUGUUUUAUGUGAUGUCUGGAAUGUGGAAGACGUCAGCAGAAAGGUUCUUCUUGUGGAUAGGAGGGUUUCGCCCUUCUGAACUUCUUAAGGUUCUUGAGCCCCAUCUUGAACCCUUGACGGAUAAUCAACUUCUAGGUGUUUAUAACCUAAGACAAUCAUGUCAGCAAUUUGAAGAUGCUCUUUCUCAAGGUAUGGAAAAACUCCAGCAAACAUUAGCCGAAUCUGUAGCUGCCGGUCAGCUAGGUGAAGGCAAUUAUAUUCCACAGUUGCCUACUGCUAUGGAGAGGUUGGAAGCUCUAGUGUGCUUCUUGGACCAGGCUGACCGUCUUCGACAGGAAACCCUGAUGCAUAUGUCCCGUAUCUUGACAACUCGUCAGGCUGCUAGAGGCUUGCUUGCCAUGGGGGAGUACUUCCAACGUCUUUGGGCUUUGAGCUCGCUUUGGGCGACACGUCCUCGUGAGCCAGCUUAAUCCAACCAUGGAAGAAGAAGACAAGUAAAGUUUGCAACAGAAAACAAGAUAGUCACUACCAAAUCUGCCAUAUGCUUCCACAACGAGUGGUGCCUUAGCUACUAAAUCUUGAAAACAUAAUGUAGAGUGUCUAAGCUGCUGGUCACAUUAUUCAAGCAGCCUCCAAUAUCUGAGAAACUGUAAAUAUGAAUAGCCAUUUUGGUGUAGAGGUGGUCUGUUAGUAAAUUAAUAAAAUUUAAAGCUUUUUUGUACAUUACAAAUGAUAUAUUUUUAGGAUUUAUAUAUCAUGUCUACAAAGGCAAGACAGACAAGUAUCUCAUGUAGUUAUUUGUUUGAAUGGCUCUCUGUAUUUUUUAAAAUAUAAUGAAUUGCACACACUUUAUUAUUGUGUAUAA